AUGGGAAGUGCACAGAUCUCAACCCCAUACACUCUCCGAAACCACCGCCCCGGCGAUAUAGGCUGGAUAAUCCACCGACACGGAGUCCUCUACAACAAAGAAUACGACUGGGACGAGCGUUUCGAGGCCCUUGUCGCCGGUGUCGCAUCAGACUUCAUCAAAAACUACGAUCCGCAAGUUGAACGUUGCUGGAUUGCGGAGAGAUAUGGAGAAUUCCUCGGAUCCAUAAUGCUAGUCAAGGACGCUUCAAAGGAAGAUGUCGCAAAAACCCGUCUCUCAUUAGUAGAGCCCACUGCGCGUGGGCUUGGCUUAGGUCGUGCAUUGGUGCGUCAGUGUAUCCAGUUUGCGAGAGAAGUGGGUUAUUCACGGAUUGGGUUGUGGACUCAGAGUUCUUUGGUUUCUGCGAGGCAUAUCUAUGCUGGUGAAGGAUUUGUACAUGUUGAGUCGGAGGAUCAUGAUUCGUUUGGAAUCAAGUUGACUGGAGAGCUUUGGGAGUUACAGCUAUAG